GAUCCAUACUAUAGAUUUAAUGAUGUGAUGUACAGAUGGAUCUCACUUGAUAACUGGACUUACAGCAGGACGUUCAAAACUCCUUUUGACAUCAGAAAGUGGCAGAAAGUGAAUUUGGUUUUUGAGGGAGUAGAUACAGUAGCACAGAUCGUGCUCAACAAUGUCACUCUUGGGAGAACAGACAACAUGUUCACCAGAUACAGCUUUGAUAUUAGCAGUGUGAUCCAGGAGGUCAAUUGCGUUGAGGUCCGUUUCUUGUCAGCCGUUUUGUACGCAGCAGAGCAGAGCAGAUGUCACAAAGGACACAGCAUCCCCCCGGCGUGCCCUCCACCUGUGCAGAAAGGAGAGUGCCACGUUAAUUUCAUCAGAAAGGAGCAAUGCUCAUUUAGUUGGGAUUGGGGCCCUUCUUUUCCCACUCAAGGAAUCUGGAAAGAUGUUAGGAUUGAGGCCUAUGACCAUUAUCACCUGAUUUAUUUUUCUGUAACUCCUCUCUUUGUAAAGAGUGCUCAGCAGUGGUGUCUUGAAGUCGAGUCUGUUUUUGAUGUAGUCAGCUCCAAGCCAAUCGCAGGUCUUGUGACUGUGAACAUUCCCAAGUUACAAACGCAGCAAUCGUUCAGUGUGAAGCUUCAACCUGGAGAAGGCAGCAUUGUGCUGCAUGUAAACAUCAACAAGAGUGCUGCAGUGGAGGCUUGGUGGCCAAAUGGACAUGGAAAGCAAACUGGAUACAACAUGACAACAACUUUCAUGAUGGAGGCAGGAUGCCAGAUUGAGAAGUUUUCAAAGGUCUAUUUUCGGACAGUAGAACUUAUUCAGGAGCCUAUUCCUGGAUCACCAGGUCUGAGUUUCUACUUCAGAAUCAAUGGCCGACCCAUUUUUAUUAAGGGUUCAAACUGGAUUCCAGCAGAUUCUUUCCAGGACAGAGUGACCUCUGACACACUAAGGCUACUCUUGAAGUCUGCAGCAGAUGCUAACAUGAAUGCCCUUCGGGUUUGGGGAGGAGGAGUAUAUGAACAAGAUGAAUUUUACGAUAUUUGUGAUGAAAUAGGAAUAAUGAUUUGGCAGGAUUUCAUGUUCGCGUGUGCACUAUAUCCAACCAACCAGAAUUUUUUAGAAUCCGUAAGAGCAGAAGUUACUCAUCAGGUGCGACGUUUAAAAUCUCAUCCAUCAAUUAUUCUGUGGAGUGGUAACAAUGAAAAUGAAGCAGCAAUUGCAAGCAACUGGUUCUCCAUACCUUAUCCUGACAUAGGAGUCUAUAUCAAAGACUACGUGACCCUUUAUGUGAAGAACAUACGUGAAAUAGUUCUUUGUGAAGAUAAGAGUCGUCCUUUUGUGACAUCCAGUCCCACCAAUGGCUUGGAGUCAGUCAAAGAAGGCUGGCUCUCCCGGAAUCCUUACGACACCCAUUAUGGUGACACACACUUCUAUGACUACAGCCAUGACUGCUGGAACUGGACAAUGUAUCCUAAAACUCGUUUUGCUUCAGAGUAUGGAUUUCAGUCCUGGCCUUCCUUCAGUACCAUUGAAAAGGUUUCCUCCCCUGAGGACUGGUCCUACACAAGCAAUUUUUCUCUCCAUCGGCAGCACCAUGAAGGUGGCAAUAUUCAGAUGCUUCAAGAGAUUGGGCGUCAUUUCAAACUUCCCCAGUGCCCAGAUCCUGUAAAGCAGUUCAAGGAUAUGAUUUACCUCACUCAGGUGAUGCAGGCUCAGUGUAUAAAGACAGAAACUGAAUUCUAUCGUUUUAGUCAAAGUGAAAUAAUCAAUGGAGAAGGACACACCAUGGGAGCUCUGUACUGGCAACUCAAUGACAUUUGGCAGGCACCUUCAUGGGCUUCCUUGGAGUAUGGUGGUAAGUGGAAGCUGCUCCAUUAUUUUGCCCAGAACUUCUUUGCACCACUGCUGCCUGUGGCCUAUGAAGACAAAGGGAUGUUGCACAUUUAUGGUGUCUCAGAUCUUCAUGAGGACCACAAGGUGACUUUGAGGGUCUCAGUGCACGCCUGGAGCUCUUUGGAGCCCGUGUGCACCCUUGCCAAAGAAGGUGUGACUGUUAAAGCACAGAGUGCUGUCCCCAUCUACAAGGAGCCCAUCUGUGACCUUCUGGGAAGAUGCAGAAAUUGUACCAGGGAAAGCUGUGUGAUUACUUUCUGUCUCGUGGGAGAAGAUGGGCUCCAGAGUCCUAGGAACCAUUACUUCCUUUCAUCACUCAAGGAUGCUGUGGGAUUAGAGAAGACCCAGCUUAGUGCCUCUGUGUCCCAACAAGAUGGCAUUUAUAUAUUUGUUCUUCAGACCACUGCAAUUGCUCCUUUUGUUACUUUGGAUGUAGGGAGUAUAAAAGGCAGAUUUAGUGAUAAUGGUUUCCUUAUGACUGAAAAGAAGAAAACAGUUGUGUUUUAUCCUUGGGAACCUACUAGUGUUGAAAAGCUAAAAAGUUCACUAAUUUUGACCUCUCUACUGGAUGUUGUCUGAGAAUACUUCAUUUCAUUCUAGAUAAAGAGUGAAACAGGAGGAGAAAUAAAAAUUAGAAGAAUUUGAUUGAAGCUCUGAAGUGACGUGCACUUUAAACUGGCUAAAAAAUAUAUUGUGUCUUCCUGUCUUGUGAAUUGUAACUGCUGGUUCAUUGUAAAGAUACCAACAGCAAAGCUUACAUAUAAUAUAUGUGGUGUAUUGAAAACACAUCCAUAUUUUUUUCUAGUUUCACUAUGCUGUAAGUGGAAGUUCAGUUUAGGAUACCAGCAAGGUGUAUGCUGAGAGCAAGGGAGAAGGAUAGGGAGUGAAGCUGGGACUGCCUCCAGCCACUCCAUGGGCAGGUUGCUAAACAUUUGGCUUGUCUGUCAGCCUUGGUUUGGAAUGCAGCUGGGGUCUUGCUGGUGUUCCACAAGGAUCCUCUGUCCACCCAAGCAAAUAUUAAUUUUCUUGCAAAGCAGAAUCAGCAUGGCAGUAGGUGGAGUUUGAAGGAGCUCUGGCACUGAAGUCCAUCGCUGAUGUAAAAGCAGCACGAGGGCAUUGCUCAGUGGUGGUGUGGGGGUCUGGGGCACGUGUGGGGCAGCAGCUCUGUGUUCCACUGGAGAACUCAGACUCAGUUGAGUUGUGAUCACAGCUUUAAUGAGCAUGUUGAUACUUUGGUGUUAACCAAAGCUGACAUACUCCUGAGCGAGAGGAAAAACUUACAGAUGAAAGGGAAAUGAUUAAUGAGAGUUUCUUACAGAUGCUUUAUUGGGUCACCAAAACAACUAACUGCAGUUGCAUCUGGUUCAAAACAAGUCCUAGUUAAAAGAAAACAUGAAAACAAUCAAAAUAUGGAUGUGUAUGUGCCAGUGUUAAUAGAUUUUGUAAAAUAGAUAGGGAAAUUGACAGUCAUGAGUAAAACUUAACAAAUGCAGGCGCUGACAAAGGAAAUGAAAAAGCUGUUCUGAGAGGCAUCAUGGGCCAACAAUACCAGAAAAAUCCUCCAGCUUUUUGGUGUCCUGGAAUCAAGGUGGAAUCAAAGCAUAAGGAGUCUUUUGGAGCCUGCAAAGGUUUGGACUGACCACUGGCCAUUACUCUAGAACUGCUUUAUUUCAAGGCAUGAUCACCCAGAAACACGAGAAGCUGUGGAUGGUGGGAGUGACACCCAGGUUACUGAAGACUGAGCUGAGCCAAGAACCACCCUGUCAACACUCCUUCUUUGUGCCAAAAAAGUUGGCUAGAGGUAAGUGACAGUGGUACAGUGCCCCUCCUGUUUUUUUUUUAUCACGAACUCUGAUGCCUGUUCUGUUUAGUUGUGCCAACAUCAAUAACAGGACACUCACCAUCUCAGAAUUGAUGUCAGACAAGAAGAAACACUGCUCAUGAGCACAGUUACUACAGGAGAUUCUAGAUAGCCCAAAGGAGAGCUGUCUCAUCAGAAAUUUGCUGAAACACUAUGUUGGUUUCAGUGUAAAUGAUUCUCUGCUGCCAUAAUAAGGAGAACUAAAACAAGGAAGAGGCCUUAAUCUCAAAGUACAGAUGCUCAGCAGUAGCUGAUAGUCCUGCUCUCCUCCAUAAAAGAUACUUUAGGCUUAAGACAGGUGGCUUGCAACCUUUCAUUUUAGUGCUUGGAAAUCAGCAUGAUCUUGUAUCGAUGCCUAAAAUAGAGAUGCUAAAUCUUCAAUACCUCUGCUUGCAAAGUAAUGUAAGAAUCACAGCAGGCACAGACAGGAGCAUUAAUUUUGGGGUUUUAUUAUAAAAGUAAAAUAAAAAUAAGCAUUUAAAAAGCACGCUUUUCCAAAAAGGAACAGAUAUAAAAAAAAACUAUUUACAAGUAGGAAAAUGCCAAACUUGAAAAAAUUUUGAAUAAGAGGCACCAAAGUUAAGUUUAAAUACAUUAUUUGAAAUAUACAAGAUUCUUUUAGGAUUCUCUUUUUUCGCUAAGUUGUCUCUGUUGUGAUUAAAGUAAUGAUUUUUCUUUGCCAGCUAUUUUAUAAGCUGUUUGCAUGCAACUGUGCUGCAAUAAUUAUGAAGAGAGCAGCUAGAAACUGUAUCCUCUGAUUGUUCCUGUGCUUAACCUCUUUAGUAAGUUUGUAUUAUGCAUUAACAACUUCUUUUUCAUUUGUAAAAGAAAAUCCUCACAGACCAGGGAAGUUCAGUAAGUCUUUGACAACAUCCAGACCUCUGUAUUAAUGCAGCAGUGGAGCCCUGGUUGUUGUAAAUGGCUUGUAAAUGAACACAAUUAAAUGUACUUGAGGAAGGAAGCAGUGCCUAGAAGUCACACGCUGCAGUUGCCAUUUGUUUGGGUUCAGGUGAGAUUCUUCCAGUGUACUUUUGGUUGUGAGUUCCCUUCCCUCUGGCCAGGAUGACACUGACGUAAUUUGAAAUGUCCCAUUUCUUCCUGUAACUGAAGAUCACUAGUCAGCUAUGUAAUUGCUUUGCCCUGAGCUUUGAUGUCCACAGCCCAGGGCCAUUUUGCCAAGUGUUAGUGAGGACUUGCUGCUCAGAGAGUCUGAAUAGGUGAAGCUCAGCUUGCGGAAGGAGGUCUCCACACCACUGUCACACACACUUUCAGGGUCUUGGAAUCUGCUGUUGUAGAGCUCACCUGAGGGACAGAGCAAAGGGAAACAUCAUUUGUGUGGCCUGAGCAAGGUUGCUUUGAGAAAAGCCUAAGGCAUAUAAACCAACAGGGUCAAGCUCUUCAAUAGGAAAAUAGGUCUAACAUGAGGUAUUGUAAUAGGAAAAGCUGUACUGACUGUUUCCAGGCCACCAAAGCAUGUGCUCUGAUGUACUGCUGGCAGAGAUCAGCUUGCAGUUGGAGAUUGGAUGAGAUGAGAAGCCUGGUGCUCUACUGACACUAAUGCUGUCACUGCAGUUGGGUCAGGACUCUGCCCAACUGUGGUGAUCACAGGGCAAAAGGCUCUCUGGUUCUCAGAGUCACACUCUGUGCAAGUGUGCAACUCCAGGAUGAGGCUCCUAAAACUUCUAAUUCAUGUUAUUUCAACUUACAGAUUUCUUUUUGAGAGCUUUCAUCUAGUAAGUGACCCCAAAAUAGGAACAAGUCAGUAGCAUUCAUCACCGGGGCAGGAUCCACAGGAGUGCCUGACUGUAAGCUGGAACUGAAGGUACCAUGUGGGAUCGGUGUGGCUAAAACAGUGCUGGUACCUUAAGAGUUCAGUCUUGUUCUUCUAAGCAAACAUCUUAAACUGUGAGAUGCCCUCUGUGUUGCAGAAGGAGCAGAACCCCUCUUACCCUUCAAGAUGAAUCUAAAGGGACAGUAUGUGUACAAGCACAUUUUCGGGUGGGUGUGAAGGUUUAUUCCAUGACUGACCAAAGAGUUUUCUAUAGAGAAUAAACUGGCAAUGUUAGAUUGGAAUGGA